UGUGCAGACUGCAGUGUCUGAUGUCCGUUUGUCUCGAAAGGAGUCUGGAGUCGAAAUGGAGAUCAAGGCUUGUUUACCAGCAUCACAUUUGUGCACCACGUGGCGAAACAGAUGGUUUGCAACAAAUCAAUAUGAAUACAUCACGUUGACCUGACCGUCAAAUUUGUGGCCAUCAUCAUGAUGAGAUCGUCUCCCGGGCGUCCGCUUGGCAAGCGUUUUACUCGCAAAGUGAAUUGAAAAGAUUUAGGCAAUGGAGGGAGACCGACCUCCAAAUGCAAAAUAGCGGCAUUCGUGGUCGGAAACGGGCCAUCAGUGUGAAAUAAAGAGAACUUAGUGCGAUAUAGGAUAUAACAUCACAAUUAGUGAAAUUGAUUUGAAGGGAAAAAUGUCGGAAACGAGCGAGGGCGUCCAUCCGUUGGUAUGGUCCGCGGGUUUCAUUGCCUUUACCCUCUUGUUGGCGCAAGUAUGCCGCAUGGCCGCCUCCAGGACGCAGCGCGGAAUGAUCCGAUCCUUGAUUUUGGAAGGAAUCGCCGCCGCUGAACUUUGUGCUUCCUGCUUCGAAUUGAUCAUAGUUGCCGACAACUACGGUGUAUCUAUGUACGCUAUUUUCCUGUUCGUCCUGACGAUAUGGUGGUCCAUGGUUUGGGGCGAUGCCACUGCCUGCCCGUAUACGCUUCUGGAAGAUGUCGUGGAAGACAAAGCUACAUUGCGCGAAGCUGUACUGAAAACUUGGGCACAACUAGUUGGCGGUUGUCUGAUAUUUCGUUAUGUACAAUUAUUUUGGUAUUUGGAGCUUUCUCCAACGCAUACAGGAAGAGCAUUUGAAAACUGCACGGCUGAUUUACAGGUAUCUCCUAUGCUAGGAACGGCAAUAGAAGGAAUUGCCACGUGCCUAUGCCGGCUGACGUCGAAAGUGAUCUCUCAUCACGAACCCAGAUUUGCCGCGGCCUUAGAUUCCUUUGUAGGAACGGCACUUGUUGUGGCUGCUUUUAAUUACUCGGGUGGAUAUUUCAAUCCAGUUCUAGCCACAUCUUUAAAAUUCGGCUGCAUGGGACAUUCCGCUUGGGAACACGUGAUUGUGUACUGGUUCGGUGCUUGCGCCGGAGCACUUGCAGCAGUUGCGUUGUGGAGGAUUCCCCAAAUUAGAAAUAGACUAAUCGGUUCGAAACUAAAAUCAGCGUAAUCAAAGCAUUAGUCAUAUUCGAUUCAAACAAAAUAUUAACAAAAAAUUAAGAAAAUAAUUUUUAUCGCCUUUUGUUUAUUAACAAUCCAGUACAUGAAAUCCUAUUGAAGUCACUGCGUGCUUUCUGUACACCUAAAAUAAUAGCUUUUCGUUAAGUCUUAACCACUUCGGUACGGCGACUUCUGUCCACGUACCGUAGCUCACAGCCGGCAUGCAUCAUUCGUGUGCUGCCUCGUUCAUAGACAAACCCUAUGGCGAUACUUAAAAAUACUGUCACGAGCAAUUGACGCUCGGCCAUACAUGCCCGUCACGUAAUAGUGACGCUUGGCUAUGUGGCCGUCAAGUAAACUUGCCGCUCGUACCAAAGUGGUUAUUGUAUAAAAUUGUAUUAUAUGUGACAUUGAUGUUACUAAUAGUAUUAUAAUUACUUACAAUAGUAAGCAAGCAGUUUCAUCCAAUAAGUUAUCGCUAUGACAAAACCUGCAUUAUAAGAAGUUCACUGAAGCUUUUUAAAAGUGAUUUUAUGAUAUUAAAAAAAUAACUUCAAUUUUAAAUAAAUUUUAAUAAUAAAUUACUACUUUCCUGCCAUUGUCUUCCGUCAUAAAGUAAAAAUCUAAAUACUACACGACAAUAAUUAUUAAUUUAGAAUAAAUGGUGAAAGAUUAAAUUACAUAAUA